AUGAUUGACUUACUUAGCGGAGCAGUAACUGUAUAUCACGAUACCAGAUAUGAUAAAGAUUAACUGGAGGCAACUAUCAGUGAAAAUCUAGAGUAAUUAAGAUAGAAGUACAAACAGAGUCUUAAGAACCUUGAAGUGAGCAUAAUGGAUGGUAAGAAGAGAUACGAGAUAUAGCAGUUGAUGAAGGACAGCAGUGGGAUCUAGCAAGGAGUGCAGUCAGUUGUAGUUGAUUAUUUAGAGCAGAUUUUAGCCAAUAAAGGAGACUAAAAGUAUUCAAACCUACUUAAGAAGGUGCAUUACUCUCAACUCAUCAACUUGGACUUCAAGUUCGCAAGUAAUUAUUAAUCUUAAUGUUCAACUUAAUUAGUCACGACUGCCGAUAGCAUGAUUAUGAACAAUGGAAAGUGCUUUAUUCACUUGAAACUGGACUUGCUAAACGAACAAAAUCAGAGGGAAGCUGUCUACACAGAACUGACUUUGGAGUAGUUCUAUCAAUUCUUUCACGAACUUAAGAGAGCUCACAGUCUCAUGGAAGUUGUAUCUUGA